UGUAAGAAAUUUUUUGUAGUCAUGCGUCCACCAGUUAGGAGUAGGGUCAGGUUUCAAAUAGGGCAGAAAGUGGAGGUGUGUGGUAAAGAAGAAGGGUUUUUUGGUUCUUAUUAUGAAGCCACCAUUGUUUCAUGCGUUGGUAAUAGCUGCUACCUUGUCCAAUAUAAAAACCUUCUAAGUGCUACUGAGCCUAAUAAGCCUCUCGUUGAGAUGGUGAAACUUAAGGACCUUCGCCCUAUUCCAUCCGAAGAUCUUGGAUCUCAUGAAUUCAUUGUUAAUCAAAAUGUUGAUGUAUUUGACAAUGAUGGUUGGUGGGUUGGAAAAAUUACCAGUAAGAGGGGUUCCAGAUAUUCUGUGUAUUUUUCCUCCACAAAUGAAGAGAUUGUUUAUCCUUCUUCCCAAAUUAGGGUUCACGUAGAUUGGAUUGAUGGGUCGUGGGUAUAUCAGGAUGGAAAUCAACAAUGAAUAUAUAGUUGGACUUUCCUUCCCGUUUCUUGAACAUGAAUAAAUAAGAUGUCAUGAUGAAUAAGUUCUUGUUAUUUUUAUUUCUUAUGUUUGAUGUAAUUGGGUGGGGGGGAAGAAUAUAUAGGUUGAAAUUUGGAUGUGCUGCUUUAAGCUUAUUAUGUCUCUUUUUAUAUGUAUUAAUAAAUGAAUGUGUUGUUUUCUAUUCGAUCUGCACACUGUACUCAUCAUAUUGGAUCGGAUACGAUAUUUGCAUUUUUUUAAGUUG